AGAGACGAUUUACAUCAGACAGGACACUAAAUUGGAAGAAAUUGAAAAGCAAAAAUAUCCACUUUAAAAUGUAUGCCAUUGUUGACUUCAGGUGUAAAUGCAAACGAUGCCAAAUGAUGACAACUAUGGCUGAAUGUGUGUGCUGCGAUGAGAUUAUGAGGGUGCAGGAGACUAGAGACGAGAUUGAUGGAAUCUGCUGUAUUACAGAGCACCCUUGGUUCCAAACAGUGUGCCUUGAUGUGUAUGUUCUGCGAACUGCUUACGAGAGCUACAAACAAUAUCACAAUGGAAACAUUCCCGAUUCUCCAAAGCGUUACAGAUACACUGCCUAUCGUCAGCUGGCCCGUUGGUGUUGGGGUUAUUUAGGAAAGAUGUUAGAGUUCCUCUUCCUUCAUGUGCUGUGAAUGUCAUACGAGCAACAUUUCCAGCAGACGACGAUCUCUUUGUUGGAUUCAACUAUUCACGGUGACCAAAUCUGGACUGGAACACAGAAAUAGCAAAUUCCUUUGUGGGCCUCUCAAAAUUGCUGCACAAUGGGGGUGGUGAAUCUUGAAGGACGUCUUGCUUGCAGUUGGCCAUGUUCUUGUGUCUUGUUCUGUUGAUGACAUUUGUUGUUAGUUCCUGGACAUAACCUUCAAAAAUAAAUAAAUUCAUGGAUAUAAAGUUUAUA